AUGCAGUUCAAGACUCUCUUCGUCUCCGCCCUUGCGGCCGCUUCCACUGCUCUUGCCCAGCGUUCCUGCGGUACUCCAUCCCCCACCGAGGAGCAGAUUGAGGUUGCCCAGCGUCUCCAGCUCAAGGAGGACAACGCUCGCGUCGAGGGUAAUGCUACUCGCCUUGCUCCCAUCACGGUCAAUGUCUACUGGCACGUCAUUGCCACCUCCAACUCGGUCAGCGGUGGUUACCUCACCCAGGCCACCCUGAACGCCCAGUUGGAUGUCCUCAACGAGGCUUACGCUCCCCAUGAUGUCUCCUUCGCCCAGGCCGGUGUCGACUGGACCAUUAACAGCCAAUGGGCUUCCGACAGUGCCGAGCUCGCCAUGAAGAGAUCGCUCCGCAAGGGCACCUACGCCGAUCUGAACGUCUACUUCCUCCCCGGUACCCCAUACCUUGGAUACGCCUACUUCCCCCAGACUGUCACCACUGGUUCCUCUGCUUUCUACUACGACGGUGUUGUCAUCCGCUCCACUUCUGUCCCCGGCGGCAGCCUGCCCCAGUACAACCUUGGCCACACUGCCACCCACGAGGUCGGCCACUGGCUUGGACGUAUGCUUCUCUACCUCGUCUACCACACCUUCGAGGGAUACCAGUGCGGCGGUAACGGUGACUACGUCUCCGAUACCCCCUUUGAGGCUGAGGAGGCCUACAACUGCGAGAUUGGCCGUGACACCUGCCCCACCCUGGCCGGCACCGACCCUGUCACCAACUACAUGGACUACUCUGACGAUGACUGCUUCACCCACUUCACGGAUGGCCAGGAGACUCGCAUGCACAGCUACUGGGACACCUACCGCGCUUCUUACCAGUAA